UUCUUUCUCUUUUUUCUUUUUUUUUUUUUUCGCCCCUUGAAGAGACGAGCGGGUUCGUGUCAGGGUCCAGCGCCGUCGUGUCAUUGUGUUCAGAGGGGGGGAAACGCGUGGUCAGCAGCACCGUCGGCUUCACUGCAGCGUUUCUGGAAUCGGGUGGUGUGCAAAGCUGGACUUUAAACCAAUCAUGGAUACAGACAAAAGUGAGGUUCUAGAUAUGCCAGAAACCCAAAAUCAAGAGAAGACUGUAAUGGAACAAGAGGGAAAACUAGAGGCAACAGUGGAACCAACAGACCCUGAGAAUCCACCAGCUGCUGUGGAAGAAGCUGACCAGCUGGCGGCGAACAGUCAUGCUGCACAAGUGGCGAGAGCUCAAGAAACAGAAGAGCCAGUUGUGGAAGAAAAUGUGACACAGGAAAAAAAAGAAGCUGUGGUGGAAGACGGCAUGGAAAAACUAGAAGAGGAGUUGGUGCCCUGUGCGGCGGCACCAGCAGAAUCAGCCGAGUCAUCAGAAAAAGUCUCUGACCCAGCUGCAGCUUUAGAGGCAAAACCAGAAAGCGCUGAACAGCAGACUGUGCCAGAGAAUAACCCAGAGUCCGAACAGGCCCAUGUGGCAGAGAGUGACCCUGAACCAGAGCCAGAGAAACCAGCAGAAACCGUACCACAGGAGGAAACUGUACCCAAACCAGCUGUGGAGAAGCCAGUGGAAACACAGCCCCCCAGCCAACAGGACACAGAACCAGAACAAGAGAAGACUGAGAAAGAAAUGCCUACGACAGUGGAGACAAAGAUAGAAAAAGAAGCAGUUGCAGAAACAGUGGUUGUAACGGAAGCUUCACCUGAGAAAUCGGUGGAAUCGGCAGCAAUAGAAAAGAAGCCGUCAGACGAAAGUGGGCAACCUGUCCAGGAUCCGAAGGAAGUGAACUCUGACAAAUCCGAGGAAGCAGCAGUAGAAACUGAAGCUGUUAAAUCUGUACAGGAGCAACCUGAGCCUCAAAAGGAGGAAGAUCCGGUUCCUGCACCUGGUUCACUUUCUUUUACCCUUCUGGAGCAUGAGGAAACCAAAGAUGCCCUGCGAAUUUCUCGCACGCUUAUCGUCCUCAGGGGCCUUCCUGGAAGCGGUAAAAGCUUCCUGGCACGUUCCAUUGCCGAAACCUACAAAGACCUGUGUUCUGUUUUCUGUGCUGAUGGCCAUGGUAUAAAGCCUGAAAAUCCUUCUGCUGAAGGCUACAAAGCUCUGGAUGAUGCCGUCGUGGCUUGCUGCAGCGAAGGGACAGCCUCCUCGAUGCUGAUAGUCGUGGAUGACACCAACCACACCCACGAUCGGCUCGCCCGCCUGGGAGAGAUUGCGGAGGAACACAAUCUUGUCCCUAUCUUCUUGGAGCCACAAACCAAAUGGAGCCGAGACCUGAGUCAGCUGAAAAAGAAGACCGGUUGUGGCCUGGAGGAGACCCAUCUGGAAAAAAUGAAGAGUUUACUUGAGGAAACAUCCCUUCCUCUUUACUUUGGCUGGUUUCUUCUCUCUUCAGUACAGGUCAAGGUUGGGUGCACAGCAAUGGACUUCCUGAAGACACUGGACACAUUGGAAGCCUUUAAAAAACACAUAGCGGACUUUACAGGACAAGCUGAGAAGGAGGUGGACCUGGAGCAGUACUUUGAGACCAAAGAAACCCUUCACUGCACCGCAAAGUUCUGCAAUUAUGGAAAAGCAGAUGGCGCGAAGGACUAUGCAAAGAAUGCUGUGGUUACAAAAUCCUACGGUUCUGUGUUCAGCCUGUUGCUGACCGCUCUAUUCGUCACCCCUCGCACCUUUGGUGCCAGAGUAUCUCUCACUGAGGAGCAGCUCCAGCUAUGGCCAGCAGAUACAAAAAAGGAGUCAGAGGUGGGCAUCCCCAGAUCUGCCUCCCUGCCUGUCGGAAGCCGCGCCCACAUUACACUGGGCUGUGCGGCGGGCGUUGAGCCCGUUCACACGGGCCUAGAUCUGCUCGAAAUCCUAACCCUACCAGAGGGUGAGGCAGUCGAGGAGAUGGAGCUCGGCUCGCUGCGAUAUUACGGUGAAGGGAGGUGGAUGCUCAGUCUCAGAGAGCCUAUCUGCGUUGCGGCUUGCUUCUCCAGCUUCUAUGGAUGCAAGGAAGUGGAGCCACCUCAAAAAGAAACGGCGAAGAAAAAGAAGAAAUGUGCCAUACUGUAGAUGCAAAACGGGUGUGUGUCAGGGGGUGUGGUUGGUGAAUUAAAACUUAGGCUUACUUUGUGAAAGGUUGGUGUGUUUGUGUAGCAUUUAGGGUUUCAGUUGUAGCCACCCUAAAUUCCCCAACUAUGUGCCUUUUUUCAAUGUUGAUUUGCACCACAACCCAAAAUGCCUUAGAUACUUAGGCCUGUAAUUGGUUCAGUAUUUUUCUCAUUACACAGUUGGCUGCAGUUUAGCAUAGCCUCCUUCCACAGCUCCACAGUGUAUUAAAAACGUAGGCUUUCUCAUCGAUAGACCAGUGUUCAGACACACUAGGUACUCUGAUUGCAUGCAUCACAGGUUUGUAUCAAGAAAUGUCUCCAUUACUAAUGUGCUAAACAUAGCUCUGUUUCUGAAACGGUGUCUCCCUUGCUGUAGUUUCAUAAUCCUAUAACGUGUUUGUGCAGCCUAGGAAGUAAUAGGGAUUAGCUUUGGACCAAAGUUACUUGUGAAGUGUUAGAUCCAAGGUCGGUUGUAGAGAUUCUUCCUUGUAAAAUCUCUGCGCUGUGCUUAGUUCAGAGGAAGAAUGCUGAUGAACUUGGCAUUUGUUUCAGCGGUUUGCACUUGUUACUUAUGAAAUGCUGUGAAUCUAAGCCAACAUUUUGCAAUCUUUUCUACUGCGCAAUCCUCUUUAAAGAAAACAUCAUGUACUGCUUUUUGAUUUGUAUGCUGUAGCUGUAGUUUUCCUGAAGGGCAAGUCCUACUAUGUGUAGCUCUUAUGAAUCACUAUUUUUGCACUUUUUUGUACACUCAAUAAAAAGAACAUGCUUUGCUCCAAUA